AUGCCAGGAGGCGUGGAGGAUCUGGUCAUUACGGCAGCGAACACCCUCAAUGCUACAAAUCCGUCACCGAUUCCGGCAAAUACCACAGUCAAGACCAAUAGAUUAAGCUUGCAGGCCACUCGACAACUACCACUCAAUCUCGUCAACAACAUAGGAGGCCCCGUCAAUGCGUACAUUACCGGGUUGGAUCCCAGUGGACGUGUCGUCUUUGUUCAGCCCAAUGGCCAGUUCUUUUAUCCCCCUGCCGAUGAUUCAUUCACCAGUCCUCGAGAGGUUUCCAACGGCAAUCUGGCCAUCCCACUGAAAACCGCACAAGGCAGUACUACGCCAAUUACGCUGCCCGACUAUGUCUCGUCGGGCAGGAUAUGGUUUGCCAAAGGCGAUCUACAUUUCUAUACCAUCUGGAACUCUGCCACAAACGCUCCGGCGCAGGUCCAGCCUUCAUUUGCCAAUCCCAGAGAUCCGUCGGCAGGAGUCGACUGGGGAUUUGUAGAAUUCACGAACAAUGCUGGUGGACUGUAUGCAAAUCUGAGUUAUGUUGAUUUUGUGGGAUUGGCUCUUGGCAUGUCCAUGACUCCAGGGUCGGGGGAAACACAAACAGUCAUGGGACUUCGACCUGGCGGAGUGACUGCUGUCUGCUCCGCGCUGGCAAGCCGACAGCAAAAGGACGGGAAAGCUUGGAGCAACCUUUGUCAGAGUGGUAGCAGUGGCUUCCUCCGAGUGGUGGCUCCUUACCCCUUCUCGCAGUCGAACCCCGAUUGGCUGAAUAACUUCAUGGCAGGUCAUGUUGAUCGUGUCUGGGCAAGAUACGCUACCAGAACCUUAACAAUCGAUACGCAAUCCGGAGCUGGCAGAGUGAACUGUCGUGUCAAUGGUGACUCCCUUUUCUGUGACGGGGACAACCGCGCGUACGCCAGGCCGUCGACGGAGGAUAUCUGGGGCUGUAACACUGGACCAUUCGCCAUUCAGGCCUCCGAUAACGCUGUUCAUCGAGCGGUCGUCCCCAGGCUCUGCGCAGCAUUUAACCGCGGAACCAUGCUGAAAAGCCCUUUACAGCCCGGACCAGCUGCUCCCACAUACUAUCAGAAUGCGCAACACAACUGGUACUCGCAGAUUGUUCACCGAAACCAACCGGAUGGCAGAGGAUAUGCUUUCAGCUACGAUGAUGUCAAUCCGACUGGCGGUGUUGAUCAGAGUGGCACCCUGUCAGAUGGCAAUCCUCGCCUGCUGAGUAUCUUUGUUGGAGGAGCUUAG